GUCUGUCCGUGUCUCAGUAGCACUAGCAGCCCCCGACCCCAACGGACUCUCAGCCGCCUCCUGCUCUGCACACAGCGCACAGAAAAUGGCGGCGGCGGCGGCGGCGGUGCGGUGUGCUGAGGAGCUGGUUGAGAGGGAGAUGAGCGGGCGCGACGCCUCCCACGACGCCGCCCACGCGCUCCGCGUCCGGGACCUCGCGCUCUCCCUCGCCGCCGAGCAGGGCGUCUCCUCCCCCGACCGCCUCCUCAUCGUGGAACUGGCUGCUCUCCUGCACGACAUCGGUGAUUACAAGUACACCAAGGAUAAUGUGGAGGAUAUGAGCAUCGUCAAAAGGUUUCUUGAAGAGGUAGGGUUGGAGGAGGGACAGAGGGAGGAAAUAGUGGCCAUUAUUACAGGGAUGGGAUUCAAAAAUGAGGUUUCAAAUAAGCUUAAUGCGGAGCCCACUCUUGAGUUUGCAAUCGUGCAAGAUGCAGAUCGUCUGGAUGCAAUUGGUGCGAUUGGUGUUGCAAGAUGUUUUACAUAUGGAGGGAGCAAGAACAGUGCAUUACAUGAUCCUAACGUACUUCCACGGGAUAAUUUGUCAAAGGAGAAGUAUAUGUCCAAGGAGGAGAAACAAACAUCAAUUAAUCAUUUCCACGAGAAACUUUUUAAGUUGAAGGACAUGAUGAAGACCGAGGCUGGGAAAAAGAGAGCAGAGAAAAGGCACAAGUUCAUGGAAAAUUUUGUGGCUGAAUUCUAUGAAGAGUGGAGUGGCAGGGCUUGAAGUUGACUGUUAGAAUAUAGUUUGGGUUUAAAGAUAGAGAUAAGGAAUAGAUCGAAUAGGUUUAAACCAUGUAUUACUUAUCUUGUACUCCAAGCCUCUACCCUCUCGUGUAUUCUAUAUAUACCACAUAUGAGGGUCACAUCAAUACAACAGAUACAACACAAUAUUAUUAUCCUACAGUUUUCUA